AGCUCGUGUCGCUGUCAGUGCGCGGAGUCACACGGUUUGCCUGCUUGGCAUUGUUGCUACCGACGCUCAUGAUUUGGAGCUUUUACCAAAAUUGAUGAAUACCACCUACAUGCUUAUCGCAUGGACUGAAAGCCACGAUCCUGAUGUGAAAGAGGGGAAGAACCAGAACAGAGUCGCUUUCUUCAAUCCUGACACCCACACAACUCCUGACAUUACCCAUUUCAAGUGUCACCGGAAAACUGUCAGAAGACUUGAGCCAUGCCCUGCGUUCAGGCUCAGUAUGGAUCAUCACCUCAAGGAGCUAGUCCUGCUUCCCAGAGCUACAGCUACCACACCGCAGGAGAAUACAGCUGCGACUUCUUAACACCUGAGUUUGUUAAGUUUAGCAUGGACUUGACCAACACUGAGAUCACAGCCACUACUUCUCUCCCAAGUUUCAGUACAUUCAUGGACAACUAUAACACCAGUUACGACGUUAAACCGCCCUGUCUGUAUCAGAUGCCCCACUCUGGAGAGCAGUCCUCUAUCAAGGUGGAGGACGUCCAGAUGCACAACUACCAUCAGCAGAGCCACCUGCCACCUCAGUCGGACGAAAUGAUGGCUCACUCUGGGCCUAUGUACUUCAAACCCUCCUCGCCUCACGCCCCGACUACACCAAACUUCCAGGUUCAGCCCAAUCACAUGUGGGAGGACCCUGGCUCCCUCCACAGUUUCCACCAGAACUAUGUUGCGGCCACGUCUCAUAUGAUAGACCAGCGCAAGAAUCCGGUGUCGAGACUUUCGCUCUUCUCCUUCAAGCAGUCCCCGCCCGGUACUCCCGUUUCCAGUUGUCAGAUGCGGUUCGACGGGCCGCUGCACGUCUCCAUGAACCACGACAACCCGGGUGCGCACCGCGGCCUGGACGGCCAGAGCUUUGCGGUGCCCAGCGCCAUAAGGAAACAGGCUGGUCUGGCCUUUCCUCACUCCCUGCAACUCAGCCACGGGCACCAGCUGGUGGACAGCCAAGUGCCAUCGCCCCCGUCCCGAGGAUCUCCGUCAAACGAGGGUCUGUGUGCGGUAUGUGGGGACAACGCAGCCUGCCAGCAUUAUGGAGUGAGAACCUGCGAGGGCUGCAAAGGAUUUUUCAAGCGCACCGUUCAGAAAAAUGCAAAAUACGUGUGUUUAGCAAAUAAAAACUGUCCUGUUGACAAACGCCGAAGAAAUCGUUGCCAGUUCUGCCGUUUCCAGAAGUGCCUUGUAGUCGGAAUGGUGCGAGAAGUUGUCCGAACGGAUAAUCUCAAAGGUCGAAGAGGACGCCUACCAUCCAAACCCAAAAGUCCCCAGGAGCCCUCCCCACCCUCGCCGCCGGUGAGCCUCAUAAGCGCACUUGUUCGGGCCCAUGUGGACUCGAACCCCUCCAUGUCUGCUUUGGACUACUCACGAUUCCAGGCUAACCCUGACUACCAAAUGACUGGAGACAACACUCAGCACAUCCAGCAGUUCUAUGAUCUCCUGACGGGCUCCAUGGAGAUCAUCCGGGGCUGGGCGGAGAAGAUUCCUGGCUUUUCUGAUCUACUGAAGCAAGAUCAAGAUCUCCUCUUUGAAUCCGCCUUCCUUGAACUUUUUGUCCUACGGCUGGCGUACAGGUCCAACCCAGUGGAAGGAAAACUUAUUUUUUGUAAUGGAGUGGUGUUACACAGACUACAGUGCGUCCGUGGAUUUGGAGAGUGGGUGGACGCUAUCGUGGAGUUUUCUUCCAACUUGCAGAGCAUGAAUAUAGACAUCUCAGCGUUUUCCUGCAUCGCAGCUCUGGCCAUGGUAACAGAGCGACAUGGGCUAAAGGAACCCAAGAGAGUCGAGGAUCUCCAAAACAAGAUCGUCAACUGUCUCAAAGAUCAAGUGACGUUCAAUGGCGGUGGUUUGAAUCGUCCCAACUACUUGUCAAAACUCUUGGGAAAGCUCCCCGAACUGCGCACACUAUGUACCCAAGGUCUGCAGCGUAUCUUUUACCUAAAGCUAGAAGACCUAGUCCCUCCGCCAGCAAUAAUUGACAAACUUUUCCUCGACACCCUACCUUUCUGAGUCUGACUCAGAGGCGAAACCUCAAAGAACUUCCAAAAGACUGUUUGAGUCAGACUUGACAGAUUCCUUUUUUUUUUCCUUUCCACGUUAUGAUUUCUGCAUAUUUGCAAGCUCGGUAGGCGACUAGAACAACGUAUUAAGAGUAAAAAGGAUUCACGAAAAAAGUAACAAAGAGGAAGAAAACUUUGAUUUGCUGUGCAGGCCUUCAAAUUCCUUGAAUUGUUAUUUUUUUUCUUCUUAUCAUUUGUUUUGUUUUUGCCAAACGAGUUAAUGAGACACUUGGAAAUUUCUCUCCACCUAAAGUUAACCUGGUCUUGCAAUCACUUACAGUUUAUUUAACAUCGGCUCUACUGAUUCAGCAUUACUCAGAUGUAAUAUAUUCCAUUUAUAUACAUAUAUAUAAAUAUAUAUAUAAACACACGCACACACACUGUAUAUUAUGAUAGAUUAUGUGAUGCCUCCAAUGCAUCGGUUUAUAACAUGUGUACAAAGUUUGUUAUAAUGAAAAGAUUUAAUUUUCUUUUUUUCUUUUUUGACUCGUGCCUAUGUGUUUCUGACAGGAUCCCAAAAGUAUCCAGAAAAGACAACGCAUGUUCUAGUUUUCUUUUUUCUUCUUCUUCUUCCCCCUUUUUAUUUUCAUUUUCUUUUAUAGGCACUUGCUGAGGUGAUGUCUAUAUAUAAUAUAUACCGGACACUAUGUAGUCUGCUAGAUUUGAUACAGAUUCGUAGUUAUGGCACUCCUUUUAUGUAUGACGCAUAUGUGGAAAAAAAUAUUUCAUCUGUAUAGAAAAAUGAGGGACCCAUGGUGUUUGUAAAACUGUCAGACAUUCCUUGUUUGUAUGUGCUGUAAGUAAUGUUGCUGUUGAAUAUAAACGUUUCUAUAUAUUUAUUAUUUCUAUUGCCAAGAGCUACACUAAGCAUGGUGCAAUUUAAAGGAUUUCAAACCAUCCAAGUUCAUGCUGA